AUGUCUGACAACGCGUACCGCAGAAAUGUCAACCGCGGCGAUUCAUCGCCGCAGAGCGGCUACGACGAGGACUACUACCGCAGCCAAAGCGCCCGCGGCCAAAAGAGCAGCGCCCGGAGCCAGGGCUCACCGACCAUCAGCUUCAAGACGAUCAAGAACACCUCGCUCAGCUGCGCAAAGUCGCUCACCAACAAGAUGAUCGCCAUGACCAGCAGCGGCAUACAGGCGGCCUCAACCGCGAUCAACAACUACAAGGAGACCGCGGCGGCCAACGCGCGCAAGGCCGCACUGGCCAACCCCUACUCGUUCCUGCGCAUCGCCGAGAGGAUAUCCACCACGAACGACCCCGUCGCGUCGCACCGUGAGCUCGUCGCGGUCAUGGAGCACCUCCUCAUCUGGCAGAAUCCGCCCAUCCAGCUCAACCUUGAGCGCGACCGUUUCGGCCAGCCGACCACGGAGAGCAUGCGCAGCAUCAGACUCAUCAACGAGUUUCUGCUGGGGAAGGUGCUGACCUACGUGCAGGGGCGGCGCGAUUGCUGCCUCUUCAUCAUCAAGUUCGCCACGUGGCGGAUGCGCACCACCCACAUAGCCGAGGAGAUACUGCUGUCGCUCGAGCUGUUGCAGCGCUGCAUGGAGUCGUACGGCUCCUUCUUCCUGUCGCUGAUGACGCGGUCGUGCAUGCGGCGCUUGCGCAAGCUGCUGCGGAUGAACAAGAUCACCACCUCACUCGCAGGUGGAGUCAAGAAGCAGAUCACGAAGUUCCUCGUGGGCUCCUCCAACGUGCACCCGGGCGUGCCCACGGACGUGCGCAUACACGUGAUCAAGGCAAAGGUGCUCUACAUGGUCCAGCUGUGGCACGACGUCUUCAUGCUUGACCAGGGGCUCUUCCCCGUGUUCUUCCAGGGGUACCGGGAUAUGCGCGAGCGCGGCAUCAAGUUCCCGCAGAUCGAGGUCUGCGAGCGGAACAAGAUCAACCUCUGCCCCGUUAUGCGGAGGUCGAAGUUCCACCUCACCGGCGGCGUCACGCUGCCGCUGAGCCCGCAGGAGCUGGACAGCAUCUUGGCCACGGUCAACAGCCUCAACACGCUCCCGCCAGGCUGCGAGCAUGCAGCCGCGCUCAAACGGCUCAAGGACAGCAAGGAGAAGAUCGUUGCCAGCAUCAACAUCCUCGCGGAGAACCGCGCGCAGAUCACCGACCCGCACAACUACGAGGAGGUCAUGCGCAAGAUGUUGAUGCUCAACGACUGCGUGGGGAUGCACCUGCUCGUGGGCGGCACGGGCAAAUCGUCGAGCACCCAGCUGCUGAGCGCACUCGAGCAGUUGAGGGGAGCCACGACGGAGGAGCCCACACCGCAGGCGGCACCGCCGACUCCCGCCGCCAAGGAAGAAACCAAGGCCAACCUGCUGGACCUCGAGUCAUCGUCCGAUUCGGAGAACGAGGCAUUUGACAGCUUCUUCGAUGACAAAUCGGGUGGAGCCGCGAAGAAGAGCGACGACGAUUAUGAUAAGUUCUUCGCCGACUUCGGUGUUUUCAGCCACUCGACGGCAACAUCGAGCGCGAACCGAGGACAGCCGGCCGAGGGCGCGCCUGCCGAUCGUCCGAAGGACUAUUUCUCCGAUUUGGGAGCUUUGAACUUCGGACAGGCGGCCGAGACCAAGCCCGCCUCUGGAGUCCCAGCUACGGCUGGCCCCUUCGCCGGGGCCAACACCGCAAGUGUAUCUGCGCCCUCUGGCUCUUCCGCCGCUGUAACUCCCAGAGUGCCCGCCGAGGCUGGCGCUUUCUCGAACACAACGUUCCCCGACAUCGACCUCUCGGCGCUGGACCUGGUUGCGAGGCCGGUUAGCCCCCAGCCGACCGCGGAGCUGGCCGAGUCGAGUGCGCCGGCAAGCCCGGCGAUAUCGGCGGCGCCGUCCUCCGCCCCAGGUUCGGAGCGGGAUUCGGAAGAUGAGGCCGAGGAACCCGAGGAGAAGAAGGAAUCGCCCACUGAGGAUGGCAAGAAAUCGUUGACUGAGCUUAUGAAGGAAUUGGACGAAAUCGACCAAGAUUUCGGCCACAUGUCGGUCUCAGGAUUCUGA